AUGUCAUCUUCUAUUCCGCGCAAUAGGGACCAACUGACACAUCAAAAAGAUGUACACAUCCUUACUACGGCCGAGUCAAUCUCUGCGUCGUCUGCCGCUGCCAUCGACACCCACGGAUCAGUUGCGACCACUCCUCACCGUUCUCCAGUUGUGACAUGCAGCGAACCAACUUCUUCGCAACGACUGGUCUGUUCGCGACCUGGGUGUCGCAAGUCCUAUGCCUUGCUAGCCUCGUACUGGAACCACUUGGCCUGGCACGAGCAGCGCACCCUCCUAUUGAGAGAUGGCCACGAGCGCAGCAGCAUAGCAAGCAGGCGAGCGAGGAGGACAACCAAUGAACGGAGCAGCCAGUCUCGUGUUAUACACAGGUGCGAUGCCGUUGGCUGCACAGCAACAUACAGCAUGAUUGGCUGGCUACGCCGCCACAAGGUCGAUAAGCACACGUAG